UUAGGAAACGCGCGAGGCCUCGGCGCUGCUCUUCCUGGAAGCGGGAGAGGCUGAGAAGGCCAGAGGAAGCAGCCUAGGCCGCAGCCGUCUCCAUGGCGACUGAGGCCUGCCACUUGGGGUGGGAUUUCAGCACCCAGAAGCUGAAAGUAAUUGCUGUAGAUGAAAAACUGAGAGUCAUCCAUGAGGACAAUGUUAAUUUCGACAAGGAUCUUCCAGAAUUUAGCACUCAAGGUGGAGUCUGCGUCCACAAUGAUAGACUGACAGUGACUUCUCCUGUAUUAAUGUGGGUCAAGGCACUCGAUCUGAUCUUGGAAAAAAUGAAGUCUUCUGGAUUCAAUUUCUCCAGAGUGAAAGCUUUAUCUGGAGCUGGACAGCAACAUGGAAGCAUCUAUUGGAAGCAAGGGGCAAGCUCUGCUUUACAAAACCUAUCACCUGAUCUUCCUUUACACCAGUCGUUGCAGUCCUGCUUCUCUGUGAGUAACAGUCCUGUCUGGAUGGAUUCUAGUACAACAGCCCAAUGCCGCUCUCUAGAAAAAGCUGUUGGAGGGGCUCAGAGACUUGCGGACAUCACGGGAUCACGGGCCUAUGAGCGUUUUACAGGAAACCAGAUAGCAAAGAUUUACAGCCUGAGCCCUGAAGCCUAUGCACAAACUGAGCGGAUCUCUUUGGUCAGCAGCUUUGCAGCCUCCCUUUUCCUUGGUGCUUAUGCUCCCAUCGAUUACAGCGACGGUUCUGGCAUGAAUUUAUUAGACAUCCACAACAAAGCAUGGAACCCAGCCUGUCUUGAUGCUUGUGCUCCUGGGUUAGGAAAAAAGUUGGGCGAUCCUGUACCAUCCUGCAAAGUACUGGGCUCAGUCGCACCAUAUUACAUUCAACGUUUUGGGUUUAAUCCCCACUGUAAAGUCGUAGCAUUUACUGGAGACAACCCAGCCUCUCUGGCAGCAAUGAGACUUGCAGAAGGGGAUCUUACAAUCAGCCUUGGAACCAGUGACACAUUGUUUCUCUGGAUUAAGCAGCCCAAACCUGCUUUAGAAGGUCACAUCCUCUGCAGUCCUGUGGAUACAGAAGCCUACAUGGCCCUGCUGUGUUAUAAGAAUGGUUCUUUGAUGAGAGAGAAGAUACGGGAUAAGAUUGCCUUUGGCUCAUGGGAAGAGUUCUCCAAAGCAUUAGCAUCAACGCCUGUUGGGAAUGAAGGAAAUGUAGGUUUUUAUUUUGAUGUGAUGGAGAUUAUACCCAAGGCAGAGGGAAUUCACAGAUUCAACAAACACAACGAAAAAGUGACCACAUUUCCUAAGGAAGUGGAGAUACGUGCCUUGAUCGAAGGACAGUUCAUGGCCAAAAGGAUUCAUGCUGAAAAGCUUGGAUACAAAAUCUUGCCCACAACAAGAAUCCUUGCGACUGGUGGGGCAUCAGACAAUGAAGCAAUCUUACAAGUCUUGUCUGAUGUAUUCAAUGCUCCUGUUUACACAAUUGACACUGCUAAUUCAGCCUGUUUAGGAUCUGCUUACAGAGCAAUCCAUGGACUCGUCGCAGAGACAAGCGUGUCCUUGACGGAUGUUGUGAAAUUAGCACCGGGGCCAAAAUUAGUUGCGACUCCCAAAGCUGGUGUGGCUCAGAUCUACCAGCCUUUGCUUAAAAGAUACAUGGACCUUGAGGAGCAAGUGCUGAAGUCAUCAAAGUGACAUCACAAGAGAGAGCUGGGAAUCAAGCCGUCGCCUUAAAUGAAAAGGAAACAGGAGAUCAGAAGAAACUGUGCCUGUAAUUGUAUAAAACAUUCCUUCAUUUUGUACUUGAAAGAGAAAAAUAGUGAUUUGAUUUUAUCUAAAAGCUGGACCGUAAAUGUGGGUAACAUUUGAUCUCUUUGUCAUUGGCUGUCAUGACUGGUGUUGUAAAAUCCUUACAUCAUUCUUACCUUUUCGUGCCCCCUCUUUCAUGCUAGCAGCCAAGUGCUGGACAGGAGCAAAGGACUCACAAUGCAUUCAGGUUGGUGCAGUUGCUGGAAGUUGCAUAUCAGCCCACUAAGCUGAAUCAAUCCCAUGCUGUGUCCUGUUGAGGGCUACUUUUCUAGUUCUAGAAAAAGAGUAUCUGUUGAAGGUUUCCAUAGUCUGCAAUACAUGGUGAGUGGCACUUGACAUGGGAAGUCACUGGUUAUGGCAGUCUGUUUUGUACCCUCUUGCCUGCUAUGCAAUCCAGUAUCUUGACAGUGGAAAAACUGGGCAAGAGUUAAAUCAAAGAAGUGCACACACCACCUUUCCCAGUAUCAUUUUGCUCCCUGUUGCUUCCCCAGGAGGGUCCCGUCUUUGUGUGUUGCUUUACAGUACUGGAAAUCUUCCUUUGCAAAUGCACAUAAUGAUCCCACCUGUUAACUCCCAGCCACUUAAAUAAGAGGAGGAAGAAAUAGUGAUGUCAACAUCCUUCCUCCUUCGGAUGCAAGGGCCACAGCCAUGUUACUUGUUUGCCCCUCUUCCUCCUUCCAUAGCAGUGGAGCAUGGGACAGGCAGCUUCUGGCUUCCUCUUUCUAUACUGUAAAUGAUGCCUGCUGAAUAUCUCCCUUUUUAAGACAGAUCCAGAUUAGGAUUUUAUCACAUCAUCCAUCCUGAUAGCUAUGAGAACUGUGCAAGUAUGUUGUUAACUAUGGGAUUGACUCCCCAGUUCAUUCUCUGGCCUGUUACCAGCCUUGAAUUGCCAAGUUGGUAUCAAACUAUCUAGCAGGGCCCUGCUAAACACCUUUUUUAAUGCUGCUGCACUAGCGCCCUGAAACACCUUUUCACCACAAACCACACCCUGUCCAGGUAAUCCAGUAAGUAGAUUUUUAUUUUAAAAAGUAUAUAUAUAAAAUAAGCAAAUUCAAAGAAGAGAAUCAAAGUUCAAAAGGUUAUUUCCAAGAUAGCCGAGAGUCCAAAAUCCUUUCAAAUACAGUCUCCAGAAUCUAUCCACCAAUAUAUCCAUACACAAGAUAGCAUGAAUCCAAGGCAGGCAACUUAUGCCACACAGGAACUAGAAGCGAGAACAACUUAGAACUUGAAUACAUGAAUUCCAAGAACACAGGACCAAAACCAUGCUUUGCUCUCACAAAGCAUUGUAUGAGCAGGAACAAUCUUAAAAGGCCUCAAUCCUUCCCAUAACAUCAUUUCUCACACACUUGCUUUUCCUCUCCUUAUCUCUAAUUCUCUGAAAAAAGUGAGACUGCCUUUAUUGCAUGCCCUGUCUCCGCAAUUCCAAGCACCUUGACCUAGACAAACAUUAAUUUCCCAUAUUUCUCUCAGCCUGCACUUCUGGCAGAUUCUCAUGAGAACUGAUAUCGCUUUCUCCAGUCUCGUGGGAACUGCCAAGAGUUUCCAAAACAACUCUCUCCAGGCUACUUCUAUCCUUUUCUGGGCCCUCUGAAUCUAUCCCAGCAUCCCUUUCCUCACUUUCUGAGCCCUCAGAAUCUUACCAGGCUAUAACAAAUGUCACUAAACAGUUCUGAACGUUUGGCCAUACUCACUGCACCUGAGUGUCAAAAAUCUGUUUAACUGAAGAUGCCAGAAAUUGAUCCUGCAAAAUAAAUAUUUUCUGUUCCAUA